UCAUGGAGUUUAUUAAAACUGAGUUUAAUGAACCUAGCCAAAACAUUUAUAUGGACUUAUUGUGUGAUGAUCUAUUGAGAGAGACUAAUGAUGACCUUGACAAAAAUGCUGAAAUGUUUAAAAUAUCAGAAUCACAUCAGACCCAUCACUUCGAAAUCUUAACUGAGGAGACCAAAGGAGUUUCUGGAAACAACUCAAGGCAAGCCAGAUUUCCAAACCUUACCCAUCAUACAAUUAAUCAGCAGAGGCCAGUAAUCCUCUAAGAAGAGAGAGAUGUAAGCUGUCAGACUAAGUCUGUUAACUAUAUUCUGAAGUAUCCAGAACCUCGAGAGGAAGGCUUUGGUAGCACAUUAUAUACAUUUUUCAACAAGGUCACAGGUCAACAAUCUUGUAAGAGGAUGCCUCUCAAGAAGAUUCUCAAGAUCCUAAAACAUACAAGAGAGCUCAUUGACGAAUUCUUUCAGACAACCAAAGAAAAUUGAAAAUCUUGCACAGACUCCAAUUAAAACCAAACCUAUCUUAAAGAAACCCCUAUUCAUCCUCCACUACCUCAUCCUCCACCUUACCCACAAAAUCACCCACCUAUCCAACCCCCUCACCCCAAGACGCCCUACUCCUCCCUCUACUCCUCCCCCACCCCUCCACCACCCCCUCCCCAAUCCCACCCUCUUCUCCAAAGUAACUCCUUCCACCCCUAACCCCACUUCCGCAUUCUCCCAAAAGUCUCCUCCCCAGCCCCUCCUCCUAGCUCAGCCACAAAGAACCUGACCUAAACUGGCAGCUCUAGUAGAGCUGCCAGUUUAGGCUGGGGUUCUGGAGCUGACUGGAAGUA